AGCCCCUUUUCAAAACACGCUCCUCUCUCUCUCUCUCUCUCUCUCUCUCUCUGCGAAAACCCUAAAACCCCAAAGAAUGGAAAUCACCGAAGAACAGCGAAAGCGAGCCGAGGCGAAUCGAUUGGCAGCCUUAGCAAAACGCAAAGCCCUCGCCGAAUCCUCCAGUCUUCAACAACAACACGAUCCGUGGUCGCUUUUCAAAUGCCAAAAGGUCUCUCCGGACCUCAAUCCGAGCUCAAUUCGCUGCGCCCGCGAUCCAAGAUCCGAAAUUUCACGGGUUAGCCCGGUUGUGGAGAACCAGAUGUUCCGGGUCAGGCUCGAAAUCUGCUCGCCGGACUCGUUCUCAGCCACCCCGGUUGCCGUUCAAGGGUUUAAAUUUCCUGGGCGGGAAGAGUGCGUAAGGAGAAUGAGUGAUUGCUUGGCUGGUGUAAUGCCAUCCCACUACACGCAAAAUCACAGUGGUGGAAAGGCUGGUGUUUAUAAGCUGAGUGAGUACAAAGAAGUCUUGAAAUGUUUAAGGAGCAACAAGGGCAUUGACAUUGAAGAGAUACCUUGGACUACUUUCCAUGUUGUAGACAGACUUUCACAGUCAUAUAUCACAGGGAAGUGGGUACCAUGCAGGCCAGAACACUUGUUGGAUGAUAAGGUUGAUGAGUUGAUCGGGAAGCUGCCAAAGAGGCUAUUGGAUUCACUCUUACCUUUCCAGCUUGAGGGUGUUAGAUUUGGUUUGCAAAGGGGCGGACGAUGUCUUAUUGCAGAUGAAAUGGGCCUCGGAAAGACACUGCAGGCUAUUGCUAUUGCAUGCUGCUUCAUGAGUGAAGGCUCUAUACUUGUUGUUUGCCCAGCUAUUUUGCGUUAUUCAUGGGCAGAAGAAUUAGAGCAUUGGCUUCCUUUUUGUUUGCCUGCUGACAUCCAUCUAGUUUUUGGUCAUGAGAACAAUCCUGCUAAUUUAAAGAAAUGGCCUAGAGUUGUGGUUAUUUCUUAUACAAUGCUUCACCAUUUGCAAAAGAGCAUGCUGGAUCGAGAAUGGGCUCUCUUGAUUGUUGAUGAGUCCCACCAUGUACGAUGUACGAAGAAAAAAUCAGAACCUAGAGAGAUAAAAGCUGUUCUUGAUGUGGCAAGAAAGGUCAAGCGCAUAGUUUUACUAUCGGGGACACCUUCUUUGUCAAGGCCAUUUGACAUCUUUCAUCAGAUAGAUAUGUUAUGGCCUGGUUUGCUGGGAAGGGACAAGUUUAAAUUUGGAGAAACUUACUGUGAUGCCAAAUAUGUUCGGGGUGUCCAAGGGAAAGUUUUUCAGGAUUUCUCAAAGGGUACUCGUUUGGAGGAGUUGAACAUGUUACUAACGCGAACAGUUAUGAUAAGACGUUUGAAGGAACAUGUCCUGUCUCAGCUACCACCCAAACGCCGACAGAUUAUACAAGUUGUACUAAAGAAAUCAGAUAUAGUUUCAGCAAAGGCUGCUAUCAGGGUGGGAAAGAGUCACGAUGAAGAUGUAUCUUCAGAACAUUUGGAUGAACUGAAUGAUAGUAUGGGUUGCUGUAUAUCAAAGCAGCUUUCUCACCAAGAAUUAGGUAUUGCAAAGCUAGCCGGGUUUCGUGAAUGGCUCUCCAUUCAUCCAGUCAUUGCAGAGGCAGAUGGGGUUGCAAAAUUGGAGUCGGAUUCCAGUUCUCAUAAAAUGUUAAUAUUUGCACAUCACCAUAAAGUACUUGACGGAGUACAGGAGUUCAUAAUCCACAAAGAGAUAGAUUUUGUCCGAAUUGAUGGAAACACACUUGCCACAGACAGGCAGUUAGCUGUGCGAAAAUUCCAACUAUCAAGUGAGGUUAAGAUUGCAAUAGUUGGUAUUACAGCGGGAGGUGUUGGUCUUGAUUUCUCAUCAGCUACACAUGUUGUCUUCUUGGAGCUUCCUCAGUCACCAUCAUUGAUGCUUCAGGCUGAGGAUAGAGCUCACAGGCGAGGGCAAACAAAUGCAGUCAACAUAUACUUCUUUUCUGGGAAGGAUACCAUUGAUGAGUCACAUUGGCAAUACUUGAACAGGAGUUUGCGCCGUGUUUCAUCUACAACAAAUGGAAAAUAUGAUGCAAUACAAGAAAUAGCGGUUGAAGAUGUUUCUUUUUUUGAGACAUUGGGUGGAGGUGAUACAUGUGAAGAUUAUACUUUGCAAAAGUCAGAGGGUAGUGAGUUCUCAGCAGAGCUAAUCAAAGUUCCUGGUUCUGGCUGCUUAGCUAAGGCUAUGAAGCCUUUUGAGUCAAAUGAUAAAUUAGUGCCAAACAUUCCACAGAGAUCUGAAAGACAUCAUGGUACUGAUGGCAUUUCAUCACAAACUGAAAAUUCUGUUAUUAAGGAUGAUGUGGUCUCUGAUUUGGAUAUGGAUAACAGUAUCUCUUUAGAUGAGAAGUUGGAAACAAAUGUUCCUGAGACUAAAAUUAGAGAAGGGACAGUAGUCUAUUCUUGUAAGUUAAAUAAGAGCAGUGAAGAUAGAGAUGGACUGGAAUCACUGGAUAAGAAGCAGGAAGACGGAAUCAAAUCUCAGACAAACAAAGGACAUGAUGGCCAAUCUGUUCAGCUGAUCAAAGGACAUGAUCGCGAACCUGUUCAGCCAAUCAAAGGAUAUGAUCGCGAACCUGUUCAGCCAAUUGAAGCUGAAGAAGGUGGCACUAAUCAAGUAGAUGCUCUUCGAUUUGAGGUGAGUCAAUAUACCGGUAGAAUCCACUUGUAUUCUUGCAUCUCAGGAGAGGAUUCAAGACCAAGGCCACUUUUUGAGAAUUUUAGACCAGAGGAACUUGAGUCACUAAGUUCUUCUGCCGCUGAAAGUACUAAAGGAACAGUUUCAAAUUCAUUCAAGGAUAACCCAGCUUAUUUGCAUGCACUUCUUGAAUUCUAUAAAGAAUGGAAGAAACUGAGGCCCAUUGAACAAAAGAAAUUAAUUGGAAAGCCUUUGCAACUUCCUUUGACUGUUGAGUUGUGCUUUCUGUGUGAAGGCACUAACCACGACAAUACGGGACUGCUGAAGGGCCGAAGCAAGCGCCGCUCUACACCUUUUGAUGAGAUUAGCAAACCCCUACCAUCAAAUGCUGUGUGGAAAAAGGUCCACCUACGUAGUGGCUAUGGAAAAAAGGAGAAGCAAUACACUCAGGGUUACACUUUGACUGAUGAACCUCUCUGUAAACUCUGCCAAACACCAUGCGAGAGCCCCAAUGCCAAGGAACCUGAAUAUUUUGAAGACCUGUUCUGUAAUCUUGACUGUUAUGGAGAGUACCGUAUCCGAACUAGUAACAGAUCUAUUCGUCACGAACUUUUUCAACUAGAACGCGGUGUCUGUGCAAAUUGUCAGUUGGACUGUCAUAAACUUGUGGAGCACAUAAGACCUUUAUCUGAUGUAAACCGGAGGCAGUAUAUUGAAAAGUUUGCACCAAGAGUGGCAAGGUUGAAGAAGUUGCUUGAGAGGCUUGUUAAGGAUCCAACAGAGGGAAAUGCAUGGCAUGCAGAUCACCUUGUCCCUGUCUAUCUUGGUGGAGGUGAAUGCAGGCUAGAGAACAUGAGGACUCUGUGUGUGGCCUGUCAUUCUGAUGUUACUAGAGCACAAUGUGCUGAACGGCGGUCAACAAGGAGCAAGGCUAAGAAACAACUGAAAGCAAUCAUGAGUGACCUUAAAAACAAAGGCACAGAGAUUAACCCAAAGGACCAGGGGGAUCCAGAGGCAGAGGAGAAUUUGAGUGAUGACGAACUUUUAGUCAAGGUUCCUGGGAGCGCCUACUCAUUAGCAAAUCGUGGGGAUGCUACAACGAUGAAUGAAGACUUGGAAGAGCCCUCCAAUAGUGAGAAGAUUCCCAGAGUAGAAAAAUUCACGUAUACGCCUAUCUAGAGCAUGUGUCUGUUUGUUGUAACCUUGGUGUUCAGCACACAUUUUUUUAGGAUUGCAACUCUUGGAAGUGUAGAAACUAUGGCAGAGGGUGAUGAAUCAUCUAUUCCAAGAUCAUAAUAGAUUUCGGUGAAAAAAUUAAAAAAUAAAUAAAAGAUUAAUGAUCUUCUGAUGUAGUUUUAGUAUCCCUGUGUAUUCAGCUGUAUAGCAAACAAGAAGUUCAAUUCAUUAAGAGGAAUAUCAAUUAUUUAUUUAUUUUUACCAAGAAAAGGAAUAUCAAUUCAUAUGGGACGAGCUUCUUCUAUUUCAUUAGGUUUAGAAGUCCAAAGGGAAACAAAGAACGUUUUCAGGAAAUCCGAAAUCUAUUUAGUCCUAAUUGUAUUAGAGAAUCUUUAUUUAUUUAUUUAUUUUUUCAUUAAUACUGAGCGACUUAUAAACCUUGACCAAGCUGUGGUAUCAACAAACCAACACAGCAGUAUGGAAAACGAUGAGAGAAAGGAAGAAAAGGCAUUAGAGAAAGAACUGAAGAAGCAAAUGGCAAUAGCCAAAGAAGCUGCCAGGAGGCUACAAGCAGUCUCUUCUCCUACUGACACUGGAAAGAAGGAGAAGAAGAAUUUAAAGAAGCGUUUGAACGAUGAGGAUGAUGAUCUUAACAAGAAUGCAGAGGAUCUAGAGACUCUAUUCGGCAAAAAGAAACUGAUGAGUGUUCAAAUGGCAAAAGAGUACCGUUGAAGUGUUCAAAUGGCAAAAGAGUACUUCUUGAAACAGGACAUGACAUUCUCUUUUUCUGGGUGGCGCGCAUGGUAAUGCUCGGAAUUACUUUGGGUCCUGAAGCUGAGGGUGCAGGAGGUAAUGUGCCUUUUCCAAAGGUGUACUUGCACCCGAUGAUUUGUGAUGCGCAAGGGCGUAAAAUGUCAAAGUCUUUGGGGAAUGUGGUUGAUCCAGUUGAUGUGAUAAACGGUAUUAGUCUUGAAGGUCUACAUGAGAAGCUUUCAAAGGGAAACUUGGACAAGAAGGAAAUAGAGGUUGCGAAAGAGUGGCAAAAGAAGUCCUUUCCUAAUGGUAUUGAAGAAUGUGGUGCAGAUGCUCUUCGUUUUGCUCUCAUUACCUACACCCAUCAGGCUGAGAAUAUAAAUCUAGACAUCAACAGGGUGAUGGGUUAUCGUCACUGGUGCAACAAACUGUGGAAUGCAGUAAGGUUUGCUAUGCUCAAACUUGGGGAUGGUUAUGUUCCACCUUCGAGUGAAAUUAAUCCGAAUGAGCUUCCAUUCAUUUGCCAGUGGAUCCUCUCAGUACUAAACAAAGCAAUUGACAGAACUGUUUCGUCAAUGGAGUCCUAUAAGCUGUGCAACCAAAGCUGUGUAUGGGUGGUGGCAGAAUCAGUUGUGUGAUAUUUUCAUCAAGCCUUACUUUGCUGGUAAUGAUCCAAAGUUUGCAGCAGAAAGGGAGUUUGCGAAACACACUCUUUGGCUAUGUCUUGACACUGGAUUAAGGCUGCUUCAUCCUUUUAUGCCCUUCAUCACAGAAGAAUUGUGGCAGCGCCUUCAUCUUGCAUCAUCAUCAUCAUCAUCAUUAGUAGCACCAUCAUCGAUUAUGAUAUGUGACUAUCCAUGCAUGAUAGAGUGCUGGAAGAAUGAAGAAGUGGAGACUCAGAUGGAUAAUGUUAUUAUUUCGGUUGUGAAUUCUAUACGCUCACUUGCAAAAGAAGGUCGUGAACGACGAGCAGCAUUUGUGCUUAGUGGGAUAAGAGAAGAGAGGGAGUUGAUGUACAGCCAGUGUGCAAUCAUUGAAAAGUUAGCGAAUGUGUCACCGAUGAAGAGGGUGCUGCUCCAACUGGAUGUGCACUUGUAUAAUUCUUGCUGUCUUCAACUUUGGCAGUGACAUGGAGUUUGACUUGCACUUACUCACAACUGCUGGCCUCUAAAAGCCCAAAAUGCUGUGUGUCUCUGUCUUCCUUCUACAACCCCUUGAUCACUCCUUGUCCAUCUUGUGCUUGAGGAAUGACCUCAUGGAUUCAAGUCUGCUACAAUCAAAUACCUCAGCCAAGGAAAAUGCACCACAACUGUUACAAUGCACAGAACACAACUGCCCAAUCCGAGUUCAUUGGCAUGUGAAAGCUAACUACAGAGAGUAUUGGCGUGUGCAAAUUACCAUCACCAAUUUUAACUUCCUCAUGAAUUACACACAAUGGACACUAGUUGUUCAGCACCCAAAUCUCAACAAACUGGCCAAUAUACCUAGCUUCUUUCUUAACCAGUUUUUAUUGUGUUUAAUUCUGCAGAUGACACUGGCAUGUUUUAUGGCAUAAAAAAUUAAAAACUCUUAAUGAACUAAUAAGGGAACCUGGGCCCAAGUGAUAUAUCUACACAGUGUUGAUUCUUAAGAAGGACAGGAAUACAUUCACAUUGGAUCAAGGUUGGGCAUUUCCAUUGAGGCUUUACUUCAAUGGUGAUGAAUGCGUGAUGCCCCUUCCGGAUCAAUACCCAUAUCUACCCAACUCUGCUUUCUAUAAUUCAUAUCCAAUUUCU